CGAGCAUCAUCUCGCUCCGUCUUGUCUGCCAGAAUCCUUGCAAUUGCCAAUUGAAUAAAUCGACUAACAAAAUGGCGGAAGAAUCACCCAAGCCCUAUCCGGCGGUUGACGUUCCACAAGUCACCGCCUCGUUUGAAUCCGCUGCGAACACCCUCCCGGCGCAUCCUGCACAAAGAGACACCCCGCAAAGGGACGUGGUGAUGUCUGAUGCCAUGAUGGACCAGCCUGCGUCCUCACCCGCGCCGGCCGCUUACGCCCCGAGUCCUCUCCCUGCGCGAACCGGAACUCCGGCGCAAGGAUCAAGAGCCGCAUCAGCACACCCCGAUCCCGGCUUCUCGAUGCCAGCUGAAGCUCCCCCACACGGCGAUUCGACCCGAAGAUAUCUGAAUACGAACGUUACGGGAGUCUUACUCGAAGGCAUGAAGCAGUUGGCGAAGGACAAACCACACGACCCGCUGCGAGUCCUUGGAGAAUAUCUCAUACAAAAAUCGAAAGAACUGGAAGUGACUGGCUAGAAGUAAUAGGUUGCAUUGUCACUAGCGCUGGAUAUCACAUUGGGCGGGAGAGAUUAAGCAUAAAGGGCGUUCCGGAUAUCAGAAACAUUCAUCAAUCGGUCAGGGGUGUGGUAUUGCCAUUAC